AUGGAGGAAACUGCUACAGAAAUUCAGAGGGAGGGUACGCAGCCAUUAGAAGAUCCAAAGAGAGCAAAAACCAUCUCCCCAAAUGAGACCCCAACCAAGAAGGCCUCUGCCUUUUGCUUUAAGAGAAGGAAGAAGACCUGUAGGGAAGAAACGGACAAAGAUGAGGACCAGGGAUCGGAGUCACUAAACUUGAAGUCCACAAACCAUCAUUCCAGCACUGUGUUGAACAGUGAAACAGAGGAGCAAAAGCCAUCUUGGACGUCAGGAGGAGCUUGGUUGGCCUUCAAACGUCUUGUGACGUUGAGAAGGCGGUCCAAAUUUGCUCUGAAAAAGGAAGUGCAGUUAGGUUCCCAGGUACAAGUGGAGAGUAGCAUCGAAGAUUCUAGCUUGUCGCAUUUGCCGAAGGAACAGGCUGGCUCUGGACUUAAAAUUCCCUGCCUAAGGUUCUCCAGAAGAAAGAAAAAGUCCGGUCAUUCUGAAAGGACAGAGGAGCUAGACCAGGGUGAGAAAACAAAUGAAACAACAAGCCUUUUGGAUAAUAAAGCUAACAGUGAGCCCGAGAGCAUAGCCGUGGACAAUCCAGUGAGCAGUGUACAGUCCUGUGGCAGAGCUCCUGAAGAGACUGACCGUGGCGUUGAAAUUACCCACGGAGACAUGAUUAUCUCCUCAGGAGAGAACACUUUGGCGGUGGAGAUGAGGCCAGGAACUGAUCAAUACACAGAUUGCCUCAUUCAGUCAGAAAUAAUCCAUUCUGAAACCGUGCUUGAAACAGAGCAGGAGAAGCAAAUCUUCCAGCUACAUCAUGGAAGCCUGUACGGAAGUCCUGAAGAAGCAGAGAACAAGAAAGUCGACUUGGGUGUUGAGAUCGACCCUCUCAUUUCUCAAGACCUGCCAGAAGAUGAAUCCAGAGUCAUCGAAGUACAAGGUACCAAUCACGGCCACACCCAGGAGGUUGAGCUGGAAACAUCUGAAAAGAACAUUAAUGUUGGGGAGGAGAAUAAGGAGGCCAAGGAAAGCCAUUCAGUGGAGGUCCUCCUCCACUGUAGCCCAUCUACACUGGCCAGUGAGGCUUUGAGUGUGCCAAACUGUUUCACUGAGGAAGCAAAAUCUGAGGAAAAUAAAUUACCUCAGGGAGUGGGCAUAGUUAUUACUAUCACUGAAGCGGAGGAAUACCAGGACGAGGAGGAGACCAGCCCAGCCUGUGAAUUUUUCCCGUUUUCUUAUACCAGCAAACAGAAAGGGAACAAAAAAUCAGGCAAAGGUAGUGAUUCUAGGGCAGGGAGCAGCGGUCAUAAGAGAGAAGGGAAAACAGCCUCCCAGGUUCCCUCACCCUUAGGGGUGAACGAUCAGGAGGGCCGGACUCCCGAACAGCACGAGCUGCUUCUGAUCGAAACGGCCGCUUCGCUGGUCAAGUCGGCCAUUCAGUCGUCCAUCGAACAGCUCGUGAACGAAAUGGCUUUGGAGCAGAAUAAGCAAAACAGCUUCAUGUGA